UAUAUUAUCAUUUUAGAAUUUUAACUAAAGGAAUAAAAACAAAAGGAAAAGAUAAUAAAAAAAAUAAUACAAUUACGUAUCAAAUUAUACAAAAAGAGAAGUUUAGAAGAUGCAAUCUGAUGAAAAAGAUAGCGAAUUUAUGCCAAAAUUAGAUCUUGUACGAGAUAAAAAUAAACUAAAAUAUAGUGAUUUAAUAUAUAUGAAACAAGCAGAAGAAAUAGCUAUUCAAAAAGCAUUGAUAUAUAAAAGAACACGUACAAAAUGUACUAUAGCAGGAAUCUCUAUUGCUAGUGUAGCUUUAGGAAUUUAUUUAUAUACUAUACAUGCUGUUAAACAAGAAACUUUCUUAAAUGAUUUAAAUGAACCUGAAAGAAUAAUUGAAAAAACAAAUACAGAUACAAAUAUUGCUUAGAAAUAUAUUUCUAACGUGUAGAAUAUUAUUUUUCAUUUUUUAAGUAUAUUUAUUAU